AUCUCCUCUUAUGCGCUCAUAACAUUUCUGUGUUCCUUUCCUUGGUUUUGUAUUUUACCCUUCUUUCCUCCUGCCAUGGUCACCCCGACGUCUUCGCGCUCCUCCUCGGCGUCCUCGUCCGCACCACGGACACCCCCGAAUCUCCAUCAGAACAGCAUCGAUCCCUCAGCUAAAUGGCUGGUACAGAAGUUCGGGGGGACGAGCGUUGGCAAGUUUCCAGUGAAGAUCGCGCAGGAGAUCGUUGCAAACUAUGUGGACGACAAUAAGGUCGCCGUCGUGUGUUCAGCGCGUUCGGGCUCGACCAAAGCUCUUGGCACGACCAGUCUGCUACUCAGGGCAGCAUCUGAAGCACUUCGGCGCGGUCCUGCGAGUCCCAAGCGCAAUGGCAGCAUCGACACUCCGGGCAUCAUGACCCCUGUCACCAAGAGUGUCUUUGGUUCUUCUACUACGCCCCCACAAUCCGGUUCCCCUCCCUCAAGCCCGCGCAGCCGCAAUGGCUCCAACGCAAGAGACGGAUCUCCCUCUACCUCCUUCGGUGGCUUCACACCCAUGACACCCCCUCCGCCCGACUUCCACGCCACCGCCGACCUCAUCCGACAAGAGCACCUCAAGGCCGCGAGAGAGUCCGUGCAGGACCUAGACAUCCGGAGACAAUUAGAGGACGAGAUCGAGCGCGACUGCGACUGGCUAUUGCACUAUCUGUCUGCUGCUCAGAUCAUCGACGAGGUCUCCCCGCGGUCAAGAGACACCAUAGUCGGUCUGGGCGAACGGCUAGCGUGUAAAAUCAUGACAGCAGUACUACGUGAUCAGGGUAUAGACGCAGAAUACGUAUCAUUAGACGACGUCGUACCUCAGGAAGACGACAGCGAUUCCGCGAAUCCGGGCUCAUUAGAUCAGAGCUUUUACGAUCGCCUAUCGGUCGCUCUCGGCGAGCGCAUCCAGCAAUGUGGCUCCCGUGUGCCAGUGGUGACCGGCUUCUUCGGUCCAGUACCUGGCUCCCUAUUGCACCAAGUUGGUCGUGGGUACACCGACCUCCUCUCCGCCCUCCUCGCGGUUGGCCUCGAAGCGUCCGAGCUGCAGAUCUGGAAGGAGGUCGACGGCAUCUUCACCGCCGACCCGCGCAAAGUGCCCACCGCGCGCCUGCUCUCCAUCAUCUCGCCCGACGAGGCCGCCGAGCUGACCUACUACGGCAGCGAGGUCGUGCACCCGUUCACGAUGGAGCAGGUCAUCCGGCGCAAGAUCCCCAUCCGCAUAAAGAACGUCGAUAAUCCGCGCGGUGGUGGCACAGUCAUCUUCCCUGACCCCGACGCGGACGCGAUCCAGGAGACCGAGACGGGCGGGACGGUGCCCGAGCCCGCAUCGCUGUCGAUGCUCGAGAACUUGUCGCUCAUGGCGGAGGCGCACCACCACCGGAAGAUGCCGACGGCGGUGACGAUCAAGGAGAAGAUCGUCGUGCUGAACGUGAACUCGAACCGGAAGAGCGUGAGCCACGGCUUCCUCGCGGGCAUCUUCGGCACGCUCGACCGCUUCGGCGUCGUCGUCGACCUCAUCAGCACGAGCGAGGUGCACGUCAGUAUGGCGAUUGAGGACUCGCUCGCGCCGAAGCUGCUCGACCGGCUCGUCACCGAGCUCAGGAAGAGCGGGACGGUGUCGGCGCACCGCGAUAUGGCCAUCCUGUCCCUCGUCGGGAAGCAGAUGCGCAAUAUGGUCGGCAUUGCGGGGCGGAUGUUCACGACUUUGGCGCAGGGCAAUGUGAACAUCGAGAUGAUCAGCCAGGGCGCGAGCGAGAUCAACAUCUCCUGCGUCAUCGAGGCGCGCGAUGCGGUCAAGGCGCUCAACCUCAUUCACCAGAGCUGUCUGAACAUCAAGCCGGAGCCGUCCACUGGCCCCUGGCUAUUCUAACCCUACCACUGGAAAAGAUAACCACACCAAAAAUCGGCCAUACCCAUAAGAGCCGUUGUAGCAUACACCUGUAAUACCUCCAUCCACGGACUCUUCCCCUCCUACCCUCAUCGAGGCUGGCUCCAACAUGCCGUCGCGGGCGCGCAUCCAACUGCGCCGCCCGACCGUCGUUGGCUCCAACGCCACCCACACCCUCUCGCUCCCCUCGACCAGGGUUCGUGGCUGCUCCCUAUACGGGAAGCUUGCUACCGCCCACUCGCGUCGAGGGCCGCCCGGCUCCAACGCCACCCCGAGUCGCUGGCUCCAACGCCCACUCGUCCCGCCGCGAUGCUCCAACGCCGCGGCUGAUGAUGACCCCUGCGUCAAUUGGGCAAUGAUACUGGCGAUUUUACCCAGUG